AUGGCGACGCGGCGAGAGAAAGAUGCUGCGGAUUAUCUGAAGAAACACAAAAUUAUCGAGCUCAUGGAAAACCUGACCAGCAUGCUCUUCUUCCACAGGCCUGAGAAUCCCAGAGAGUUUCUUGUUGAGCAGCUGGAGCAGCUGAAGAUUUCUCAGCAUGGUGGUAUAAAAGGCCCAUCUCUGUUCAACAACUCCAACCUGGAUGCAGUGUAUGGGAUACUCGACCCGACUAAUCAAAGAUACAUCACUUUUGAGCAAUACAAACAGGCUCUGACCACACUGGGCAUAAAAGACAUUAAUGCAUCUCCAGAAUGUGUAAAUGAAAACAGGAUAUCUCAUGAGACAUUUAAAACAGAAGCGAUUCAAGGCCUCCAGAGAUGCUCAGCAACAUAUAAAAAACCUUGA